AUGGGAGAUGGAUCAGUAGAUGAGGAUAUCCAGAAAGCAAUUAUUCAAUUAAAAGCUAAAACGGCCUCUUCAAAUCAACAGAAGGCUAUUAUAAACUCACAAAUUGAAGCCCUAUCGAAGCAGAUCCGCCGUUCAGAACUGGUAACCCAAGAAUUACAUUCUAUGCCAGAAGAUGUGAAUGCGUACAGCGCCACUGGUCGAAUGUUCAUUCAAAAGAGUAUCCCAGACUUAAUAACCGACCUAGCUACCCAACGAGAGGAGUAUAGCAAAACUGUCGAAGCCCUUAAAAAGAAAUUGGACUAUGUAAAUAAAAGUCUUGCUGAUGCUCAACAAGGGCUGAGAGAUCUCAUCAGUGCAAAGCAGCAAAAAACCUAG